CUGUCAAAGCGGCGGGAGACCGGCGGAUCCAUCCUCUAAUUUAAUUUAAGAUAACCGUGCUCAACAUAUUUACCUAGAUACUCUCCAGCAACAAUGGCGAAAGUACAGGUGUUAAAUGUGGCUGUCCUGGAUAACCCGAGUCCCUUUGGAAACCCCUUUCAGUUCGAGAUAACCUUUGAGUGUAUGGAGGACCUCCCUGAAGACCUGGAAUGGAAGAUCAUCUACGUCGGCUCAGCAGAGAGUGAGGAGUAUGAUCAAGUCCUGGACUCUGUAUUGGUCGGCCCAGUACCAGCUGGGAGACAUAUGUUUGUGUUUCAGGCUGAUGCCCCAAACACUGGAUUGAUCCCUGAAAGCGAUGCUGUUGGUGUAACAGUGGUGCUGAUCACCUGCACAUACCGUGGCCAGGAGUUCAUUCGCAUUGGUUACUACGUGAACAAUGAGUACACAGACCCCGAGCUCCGUGAAAAUCCACCCAUCAAGCCAGACUACACACAGCUUCAGAGAAAUAUUCUGGCGUCAAACCCACGUGUUACCCGAUUCCACAUAAACUGGGAAGGCUGUGCAGAGCGAAUGGAAGACUGUGAAAAUGUGGAUCCCACGUCAAACUCCAUGCUCCCACCAUCCUGUCUCCCAGGAAAAGCCCCAUCCUUGGGGUUACUUCCAGAUAACUCCAUGGACUGCUUAUAAAGAAGAGACUUGUAGGAAAAGUGAUGACUCACAGCAAAGAUUUUGUGGAGAAUGCCCAUGGACAUUCAAGUGUGGAUAUACAGACAUAUUUGCCUUACAGCUGCCCUUAUUACCCUCAAGCUUGUUGUCAAAAGUGAACUCUCACGUUGGGCUUCAGAUGAGUGUUUGUUUCAAGGAUUAUGAACAUCUCACUGGAACAGUUGACCCCUGAUAGAUGGGGAGUUCCUUCCCAUGAAGCAAUAUUGAAGUAGUUUAACUCAUGGAAGCGAAAAUGUUAACUAUGAAAUGCAGCUGAACUGCAACAGAACAAAGCUGUUGUGAUUCACCUCCCUUCCUUUUGUUUGUGCAGAACGGAUUUGUACCCAUUUAAGAGGAUUUCAGCACUGAAGCAAUAGGCAAAUAAAUUGCAAUAUUUUGCUGUCCAGGAAUUUGAUAAUCUGCCAUUAUUAUUUCUGUUGAAGUUCUUUUUGCACUUAUUUGGAUGGGCUUUUUUGGGCUAUAUCACCUCCUCCAUGUUUUUUUAUUUUUCUGUGCAUUUUUGUGUUCUAAAAAAUAAAAUAACAUUGUAUUUGUUAUGUACUUGUGUAUGAAUGACUGUAUGGAUCAGUGAGAUCAGUUUU